CAACCAGUAGAUAUAAGGCGAAUUUAACCUGCACCAGGCAUCGGUGUUCUUCACUCAAAGUGAUACAGAGAACAACGCAGAUCGGACAAGUCUGAACAGCCCUGGGUACCCUGAUCCCCCCCGAGUUCCUGAGAGACAUUCCCGUUCCUGCUGCUGGCCUCACGUCCGGUACCAAGUCAUGCAGUGGAUGCUCCGGGUUUAGCAUGUUUUUGAGCAGUUUAACUGCCGCCAGUUCACGACGUUCCCUAAGAGUGGGAAGGAUUCUGGACACGGCAGAAAUGGCAGAACACAACUUGGCAGCUGGACACAAGUCCAGCGUUGGGAAAGGAUCCAGUGGAAAGAGAUAUCAUCCCUACCAGGGUCAUCAUUCAGAAGCGAAGAAGGUUAAACAAGACGAAAUAAAGAAACAACAGAACCCAGGCUCUCGUCACAGAGAGACUACAGAAAAGAGCGAUGCUCAACUCAAAAACAUCAAAGACAAAGAAGAAGACACUUACAGCAUAUACAAAGAUCACCUACAGGAGGGCAGCAGUGCCCUGCAGACAGGGGACCUGGACACAGCAGAAAAGCACUUUGCUGCUGCACUCAAGUCUGUGCAUGGGAAAGCUGCAAAGUCAAGCAAUGAGGCAGAGCCACUAUCAAAGUUGAGUGAUGUCUACCUGAGGAGAGGACAACAAUCAAAGGACGGUUCUGAUUUCACCAAGGCAGCAGCGCUCUGUAACGCAGCACUGGUAAGGUCAAAAUCAGAAGACCAAGACAACAUAAAACAAACAAUCCAAUUGAUAACCCAAUCAUUCGUUAAUCACGUGCUGGGUGUCAAACAGACAAUAGAAUUUGAUGAUGUAGAGAAACACAAAGAGAUGUUGAAAGAAGAUAGACACCAAGUUGAAAAAGAGAUGGAAACAAUUGAACAAGAAAUCGAUCCAUAUAGCCUUGACGAUGAUGACCCAAAUAUCAGAGAAGUGGAGAGGAAGAGAGCAGAAGCAAUCAAAGCAUUGUUUCAGACAAUACUUCAUCAUCGAAGAACGUUUACAGUUGGCCUUGUAGAUGAAUGUAUGGAGGUAAUGGGUCCCCCUCCCUGUAAGUACGCCAUGAUAGGCCUGGGCUCACAAGCCACGGGAUUAGUAACACCGUACUCUGAUCUGGAAUGUGCCAUUUUAGUAGAGAAGGAAACAGUGAAUAAUGUCGCCUAUUUCCGCAACCUCACUCAUUAUCUAUACCUGAAAGUCAUAAAUCUGGGAGAAACCAUUCUCCCGGUCAUGGGGAUCAAGUCUCUCAAUGAUUUCCACUCAGACGACCCACAAGACAACUGGUACUAUGACUCUGUAACACCGCGCGGGUUUUCGUUCGAUGCAGCCAUGCCACAUGCAUGCAAGACUCCACUGGGCAGGGGGAAAACAUGUGAACUCAUACUCACACCAAGUAAUAUGACAAAACUUCUUAAAAAGGACGUAAAGUUCCAUUUGAAGAAAGGCUACCAUCUUGCUGUCGUCUUGGGGAAUGUUUCUUUGAUCGCAGGAGAGCAAAAUUUACUUGAGGAAUAUAAGGCUUUAUGGACUAGGAAACUUCGAGGAAACAAUAGAAAAAUCUCUUUGUUACUGGGAAAUGCCAUGUUAAGAGAGAACUCACAAAACUUUGAAAGACACGUGCCAAGUGCCAGUCUGUUUAAUGUAAAGAAGGAAAUCUAUAGAUUUUCUAGUAUUGCUGUGUCGUGCUGGGCACUACUUCAAGGAAUACAGCCGACAACAAUCUGGGAGACCAUUGACAAGAUGCACAUGAAUGGUGUCAUUAACACAGAGAACGCGCAUCACUUGAUGGUGCUGGUCAGUAUCUCAGCAGAACUGAGGCUGCGGACGUACAUGAAUAAUGGUGGUCAAGUGGAAAAUAUGUCAGCAUUAUCGUCAAUGCCAAGAGAAACGGAUUUAGAGGAGAAGUUGAGGAAAGUGUUUUACAUUUCUAAUGCAAAACAGCUCAUGAGAUACUAUUACACAGCAAUGCCUUUAAAGCAGUUUGUUUCAAAGAUAACCGAGUUAUUACAAGAGCCGUUAACUCUUUUUGACAACUCUUUGCAACUUAAGUCAAAGGUGUACAAAAGUCUUUGUGAUAACCAAAACUUGAAGACAUGCAUGGAAGAGAUUCUGUGUAACUACCUUUCAAAAUAUGGUGAGGCUUCCAUACAUCCUGACAUUGCCGAAUCACUUGAUGAACUGGGUGAAGCAUGUCGUAACAUUGGUGAUCCCAAAAAGGCCGUCAGCUAUCAUGAACAGUCACUACAGAUGGAGCGGGUUAUCCAUGCUGAGAACACUGCACAUCCUAAAAUCGCCCAGUCACUUAACAACUUGGGUACCGCCUGGAGGAACCUUGGGGAUGACAAAAAGGCUGUCAGCUGUCAUGAACAGUCACUACAGAUGAUGCGGGUUAUCUAUGGUGAGGACACUGCACAUCCGCACAUCGCCGCGUCACUUAACAACUUGGGUAACGCCUGGAGGCACCUUGGUGAUCACGAAAAGGCCGUCAGCUAUCAUGAACAGUCACUACAGAUGAGGCGGGUUAUCUAUGGUGAGAACACUGCACAUCCUGACAUCGCCCAGUCACUUAACAACUUGGGUAACGCCUGGGGGGACCUUGGGGAUUACAAAAAGGCUGUCAGCUAUUAUAAACAGUCACUACAGAUGGAGCGGGUUAUCUAUGGUGAGAACACUCCUCAUACUGACAUUUCCGGGUCACUUAACAACUUGGGUAACGCCUGGAGGCACCUUGGUGAUCACAAAAAGUCCCUCAGCUAUCAUGAACAGUCCCUACAGAUGAGGCGGGUUAUCUAUGGUGAGAACACUGUACAUCCUGACAUCGCCGCGUCACUUAACAACUUGGGUAACACUUGGAAGAACCUUGGUGAUCACGAAAAGGCCAACAGCUACUUUGAUCAGGCAACAAAGAUGAAGCAGAGGCUUUAAGUACAUGCCGUAUGCUGCAUUUGUGUGCCCCUUGAGGAUUUACGUGUAACAUUUGGUAUUCUAAAUCUGUUCUGGAGUGCCGCUACAGAUAGCAAUCUUUAAAAUAGUACAGGUAUGACAAUAUGAC